UCAAACUCACCAACUCAAACAGUCCCAUCAUUUUAGGAACAGAAUCAAUGAACUAAAAAACAUAACCAAAUAAUAAAUAUUGAAAUGGCUCUUAUAAUUAUUAGCCCUUCCAUCCAUGUCCCAACCAACUUGAUAAAUAAAUGUAGUAGUGAAAACAGUCCUCUCACCUACACUCCCUUAACUUCACUCACUCUUUACCUCUCUCUACCUUCUCUUUCCCCCAUCUCUCUCUUUCUCUAAUGGCAACCACACCUUCACCAACAAAUGGAGAAGCAACAGAACCACUCAAAUACCAGACUCUGAUUUUGAAGGUCUCAAUACACUGUGAAGGUUGCAAGAAACAAGUCAAGAAAGCUCUUCAAAACAUUGAUGGUGUUUACAAAACCACUAUAGACUCUCAACUACACAAAGUCACUGUCACUGGCAAUGUUUCUGCUGAAACUCUUAUAAAAAAGCUCUUCAAAACUGGCAAACAUGCAGAGUUAUGGCCUCAAAUCAAGCUCAACAACACCAACAACAACAACCAAAACUCUACUCCAAACUCCAACAACAACAACAACAAUAACAAUAACAAUAACAACAAGAAUGGUGGUAAUGGUGGUGGUGGUGGUGGUGGUGGUGGGAAGAAGAACAAGAGCAAGAACAAGAAUGAAGACACAGAGUUGAAUGAAAACACAAAUGAAGAUGCUUCAAAACCACCAAAGAAGUCCAACAAGAUCACCGGAGAAACACCAACCAACACCGAAGAUUCCGGCAACUCAAAACCGAAGAAAAAGAAUCAGAAAGAGCCCGAGACCAAUGUCAAUACCGGCACUGCCACCGGAGAACAAGGAGUUCUUGAAAAUGCACAGAAAGUUAGUGUUGGCAAUGGAGGAAUGAGUUUGCCAAUAUACUUACCACCACCACCACCACCAGCGGCGGCGGCGCCGCCACCUCCGGCGUAUGUAAUGAGCUAUAAUACAAUGCAUCCAAGUGCUAGUUAUGGUGCAGCAGCAUAUUAUCCAAUGCCAGUGCAACACAAUGGGUAUGUUUUCUCCGGUGGUUACUAUGCACAACCACCACCACCACCGCCGCUAAUGAUCUCUUCUCCGGCGAUGACACCGGAAACAUAUCACCAAGUUUAUGAUGAAGACAAUGCAAGUGUUUGCAGUAUCAUGUGAGGUUGAAAUGUUGGUUUUUUUGGGUUAUAUUUUUCUUGUUUAGUUUUUGAACUGUUAUGGUUUUGAAAUUAAGUUAAGUUUCUUAAUUGAAUGCUCUAA